GCUAUUUAUCUGUCAUGGCUGCGCCCUGUCGAUGUCCAAAGUAAGAAAACAAAAACACAUCCAGUGUCGAGUCAGCGACAACAACGUGCUCAUGCUAUCUACAGCGAGUGGCAGGCAGCUAGAAGAAGGAAUCAUUGGUUUAUAUUUUAACGACACAAGGUAGAGAAGUGACAGACGACGUAGUCAUGGCCUCUCAACGUGCCAAGGAGGCCUUUUACACCAAUCUGACGGGGACCACGCCGUUUGAGAUCUCCCUUGCCGUUGCCAUUGGACCAGCCUCCGAGUUGCUGCGAUGGACCCUCAUCCCAAUUCUGGUCAUGUUGUUUGGGGGCGUGGUCAAAAACAAGUGGUUGGGCUUCGUUCUGGACUUCAUCACCCUAGUUAUCCCACUUCUCCUUGCCUUCACUGUCUGGAGCGAUUUCCUUCAGCGUUUCUUAGUCGUCCUCCUGGUCACCUCGGCAACACUCCUCUUAGCGGCCUACCUCCUCCAGCCGAUGAAAGCCCAGAGGGUGAAACGCCCUUCCAAGGCCAAGACAGUGGCCGCGUCCAGGCCGCUCUGGGAACUCCCCAUGGAAUCGGAACAGCCGCUCUUCAUGACCAUGUUUCGUGUGCACGGAAUGGUGGCCUCGGCCAUUGCGAUCCUGGCCGUUGAUUUCCCAGUCUUCCCGCGUCGUUUCGGCAAGACGGAAACGUAUGGGACUGGAAUGAUGGAUGUAGCUGUGGGGGCCUUCAUGUUCAUGAAUGCAAUCGUGUCCAAAGAAGCCCGCGGAAAACACCAAAAUAUUUUCAGCUGUGGGAUAUCAGGAGCUGUAAAGUCCCUCACAAAGACGGUGGUGUCUGCCCUCCCCCUGUUUCUACUUGGUACAGUCCGCCUCAUCAGUGUCAAGACUUCGGGCUACCACGAGCAUGUGUCCGAGUACGGUGUGCACUGGAACUUCUUCUUCACAUUGGCCGUUGUUAUUGUAGGUUCGUCAGCCUGUCUGCUCUUCAUCCCGACCAGUCUGAGCGUCCCGCUCUCAUUGGCCCUCGCCGUGGGCUACCAGCACCUCCUGACCAAUCACGGCCUGGGACAGUUUGUCCUAACGGGCAGUGAUGGCCGAGGGAGCCGGGAGGGUCUGCUGGACGCCAACCGAGAGGGACUGGUAUCCUGCCUGGGGUACGUGGCCAUCUACUUUGCCGGGGUGUGUGCAGGAAAAUUCCUCCUCAUAAGAAGGACCCUGUUCUUUGAUUGGUGGCUCGCCUUCCUACUACUGAACGUGGUCAACGUUCUGUUGUGGAUUCUUCUCGAAGCGACGUCCGUUUACAUUGAGCCGGUCUGUAGGCGCACGGCCAAUCUCCCCUACAUCAUUUGGACGUUGUCCUUUUGCAUUCAGCUGCUAGUGUCCUACAUGUUGGUCGAUAUUGUGUUGGCGUUAGGAAAAGAGUUCAUCUGGAAAUCUCCUUACAAGUUAUCAGCAAACAAGGUCGCCAAGCAUCCCUUGCUCCCGGACUCCAUUCUCGUCUCGGCGCUCCGGCCGAAUCUUCUCCUCAUCUUUCUCCUCUGCAAUCUCCUGACGGGCGUGGUCAAUAUGUCCAUGGAUACCGUCAGCCAGCCGACGCCCGUCAGCAUGUCGGUGCUGGUCCUGUACAUGCUGGGCUUGUGUUUGAUAGCCAUUGGGCUGCAUGUCAAAGGAAUGAAGCUCAAGUUUUGGUGACGAAACCAGAAAAACUCCAUCAAGACUGGAAUGUGAUGAAGAUGAACUGAUCUGAAUGAAUGGAUCAAGCAUUUGUGGAUUGAUACAUGCCCCCCACCCCACCCCCACGGCUACUUUGCCGUGUUUUCCUUGCGCCACCUACACACUGAACAUAUGCAUCUUUUUAAAGAAAGAAUGUUGCAACCUGACGCCACUUCGGUUGUGUACAAAGUGUAUGGAGAGUCUAGAAAAUUUCCUCACAAAAUUGGAAAUGUUUCUCAGUCCCAGAUUCAUGUCUUAUCAUUUUUGCAAUGACUGACCCUCAUUGAGAUGAUAAAUGAAGAAGAAAGCAGUGUCAGGUUGCAACAUUCUUUCCCUUUUAAAUUUUAAACAAUUGUAAUUUAUGUUACAACCAAUUCUGAAAUGAUUUGUGCUAGGAAGGUAGACUUAGUGCUUAAAUACUGUUGUAGGUUACAAAAAAAAUUGUUUUUUUUUUAUAUUAGUGGAUUAAUUGUGCAAGAAUAUUGCAUUGAGAAGUUUGUAACUUUGAAUUAAUGAAAGUUCUUGAAUGUGCAUUUCGUGUCAAAUAAAUUAAAACGAUUAUUGUUCUGCUUCAGUCU